CUGCACCAACUAAUUUCUAGAUUAUGGCAAAAAAAAAAAACCCCAAAAAAACCUCAAGAACAACACUGAAUACAUUUUUAAUUCAUUCAGCCACAAUUGGGUUUUUAGUUAAUGCAUUUUCAGAUGAGCAGACCCAAAGUUUAAUUUCGAAACCAAUUUGAAAUUAAAUUGUUUGAAAUAAUCUUAAAGAUCUCGAGUUUGUUUAAAAUCAGCGAGAUUCUGAUUUCCGAAAGUCAGUGAAAGCAACUAACAGGAAGUUCUCACAGUCUUCGCAGUCCGGACACUAAACCUCGUCUGUGCGUAACUUUGUGUCCUCUGGCUGUUUUCUCCGAAAACUGCCAAGUAAUUAUGGUCAGAUACAAGGGCCUGCAAUGGAAACAGUGUUGUCCAAGUCUGGACUGUUGUGUUUGGUAUGUAGUUGUAAGUUUAAUAAGGUUAAGACGCGACUGAAUUUAGUGGGUUUCCUUGGGUUACAUUCCCUUCAGGUGUCCAUCAGGUGGAGGAACUCGAGUGCUAGGUGUGGUCGGGGCGCUGAAGCCAUGGAGAAGCCGUCAUCUUCAGACAGAGCUGAGCUCGAGGAGAGAAAAGGCCUGGUGGAGGAUGGUGGCGAGCCUAGAGGUGCUGAGGGUGGAGAGGUGGAUGCUCGGACUCCAAGGAAGAGCAGCUCCUCCCGCAAAAGCUUCCGCCUGGACUACCGACUGGAGGAAGAAGUGACAAAGUCGUGUCGGGACAAACAUGGCCGCUGGGCUAACCCCUGGCCAACGUGGCGCUUUCCUUCCUACUCGAUGCUGUUCAGGUUCCUGUUCUUAGAAAAAGAUAACAGCAAUGUACCUUCUAGUAAAGAGGCCCUGGAUCGUGAGCUCCCUGUGAUGGAGCCAUACUUUGUGCAGAACCCAAACCUCUCUGGCUCUGGUCCAGGACUGAGAGUCACAUGGCUGGGCCAUGCCACAGUUCUGGUUGAAAUCGAUGGGGUGAAUGUUCUGACAGAUCCAAUCUUCAGUCAGAGGGCAUCGCCGAUCCAAUAUAUGGGACCCAAAAGAUUCAGAGGUCCUCCUUGCACUGUGGAGCAGCUUCCUAGGAUUGAUGCAGUGGUCAUCAGUCACUCUCAUUACGAUCAUCUGGAUGCUGGAUCUGUGGCCAGUCUUAAUGCUCGCUUCGGAGGAGAGCUACGCUGGUUCGUGCCAAUGGGUUUGAUGGACUGGCUGAUGAAGAUGGGCUGUGAGAAUGUGAUGGAGCUGGACUGGUGGGAGGAGAACUGUGUCCCAGGUCAUGAUGAUGUCACGUUUGUUUGCACACCCUCGCAGCACUGGAGCAAACGCACAGCAUGGGAUGAUAACAAAUCUUUAUGGAGCAGCUGGACCGUUUUGGGUCCAGACCAUCGUUUCUUCUUUGCUGGCGACACUGGCUACUGUUCUUCCUUUGCGGAAAUAGGACGACGCUUUGGACCAUUUGACCUUGCAGCAAUCCCUAUCGGAGCAUACCUGCCCAGAGACGUGAUGAAAGGACAGCAUGUAGAUCCAGAGGAGGCCGUUCAGAUUCACGAGGACCUUCAGGCCAGACAGUCGGUGGCCAUUCACUGGGGCACCUUUGCCCUCGCGUAUGAGUAUUACCUCGAUCCACCUCUUCGACUCAGAGAGGCUUUGGAACAGAAGGGACUGAAACCAGAUUGUUUCUUCACUUUGCAUCAUGGGGAGUCUCGCCUUAUAUCUGCACAGGACGAAGACGUCUUCGACUGAUGUGCAGUGUUUUUGUGGCCCGUUUCUAUGGAUUUGUCUGUAACAAAGUGCAGUAAAUUCAUAACAUGCAGAAUCCCAGUUUU